AUGGCGGUUGUUUCUCUGAGCCCGGUAUACGCACCGCGCUUGAAGGAAGGGCUGGUCCGGCUGGUCCUCCACGGCACCGGCAUCGCGGGAAGUCUCGAGGUUUUGAGCAUGACGAAGCUGCGGAAGCUGGUCCUCCACGGAACCGGCAUGACGGGAAUUCUUGAGGCCCUGGGCGGCAUGAAGGAGAUUCGGGAGCUGGAGAUCUACGGCACCGGCAUCACGGAAAGUCUUGAGCCCCUGAGCAUGACAAAGCUGCGGAAGCUGGUCCUCCACAGCACAGGCAUCGCGGGAAGUCUCGAGGCCCUGAGCAUGACGAAGAUGCGGAAGCUGGUCCUCCACGGCCCCGGCAUCACGGGACGUCUUCAGGCCCUGAGCGGCAUGAAGGAGAUUCGGGAGCUGGAGGGCACCGGCAUCGCGGGAAGUCUGCGGAAGCUGGUCCUCCACGGCACAGGCAUCGCGGGAAGUCUUGAGGCCCUGAGCAUGACGAAGCUGCGGAAGCUGCUCCUCCACGAAACUGGCAUCACGGGAAUUCUUGUGGCCCUGGGAGGCAUGAAGGAGAUUCGGGAGCUGGCCCCGAGCGGCAUGAAGGAGAUCCGGGACCUGGUCCUCCACCACCAUGACGCCUCCGAAGUUCCUAAGUGGCCCAUCGCGCGCUUUGGCUACCAAAGAUCCGCGUAA